CUGUGCUGAGGCCGCGGUCCUUUCCCUUCCUUUUCCGCCGCCGGCGCCUCCUUCUCCGCUCCCGGUUCCGCGUGCCAUGGCGCUCUUCGAGCAGAUGCGGGCGAACGUGGGGAAGCUGCUGAAGGGCAUCGACAGGUACAACCCGGAGAAUCUGGCCACGCUAGAGCGCUACGUGGAGACACAAGCCAAGGAGAAUGCCUACGACCUGGAGGCCAACCUGGCUGUGCUCAAACUGUAUCAGUUUAACCCUGCCUUCUUCCAAACCACAGUCACUGCCCAGAUCCUCCUGAAAGCUCUGACCAACCUGCCCCACACAGAUUUCACACUCUGCAAGUGCAUGAUUGACCAGGCUCAUCAAGAGGAGAGACCCAUCCGUCAGAUCUUAUACCUGGGUGAGCUGCUAGAGACCUGCCACUUCCAGGCUUUCUGGCAAGCCUUAGAUGAGAACAUGGAUCUCCUGGAUGGGAUCACUGGCUUUGAGGACUCUGUUAGGAAAUUUAUCUGUCACGUGGUGGGGAUCACGUACCAGCACAUUGACCGCUGGCUCCUGGCUAAGAUGCUGGGCGACCUCACAGACAACCAGCUGAAGUCUUGGAUGAGCAAAUACGGCUGGACAGAGACGGAGCCUGGGACGAUCUUCAUCUGCAACCAGGAGGAGAGCAUCAAGCCCAAGAACAUUGUGGAGAAGAUAGACUUUGACAGUGUCUCCAGCAUCAUGGCUUCUUCACAGUGAAGGAGGCCUCUUCCAGCAGCUCUCCUGUUUCCUGUUGCGUAUUUAAUUUUAACAAAGACCGUUGUAAAAAAGACCGUGGCCAAUAAAUGAUUCUGUCCAA